AUGCAAUUUUUGAAAGACAUUGUACCAGCUGCAUUGAACAAUAUAAACACAAAAUUCAUAGUUUUAGACAAAGGAAGAGUAGAUGCACAACAAAAGACAUGCUUGGCGUUAGUGGCUGAUGAGACUGCAGCUGUUCAUUUUCAGAUGUGGGGUGAUGAGUGUGAUCAAUUUGAGCCUGGUGAUAUUAUUACUCUGUCAAGUGGCAUAUUCUCUUACAACCGCAAUGCUCUUGUAUUGAGGGCUGGCAAGAGAGGUAAGGCUGAAAAGGUGGGAGAGUUUACCAUGGCCUUUGUGGAGACACCAAACAUGAGUGAGAUUCGUUGGGUCCCUGAUCCCAAUAACUCCAAGAUAUAUGUGCAAGAUGCUGUUCUUUCCCCCUAUUCACGAAUUUUCCCACCUACACGUUGA